UGGUAGUUAUACCAAACGCAAUCUGUUGCUCUCCCUCCUCUACCAAAAUACUCAACUAAUUCUUAGACAAAAUUCAAAAUCGACUCAAGUGUUCUCUCUUAUUUUUAUUAAGUUUCUUGUUGUCUGACAAUGCAAUGACGCUUCAAGGGAUGUAGUGAAAUCUUUAGGACAAAACCUGUUAGAAUGUCAAAGUUCUUGUCUGAACAUUUAGCGUGUUCUCGUUGUUAUCUUGGCUCUAGUCUCGAAAUGUCUCUCGGCCAAGAAAAUGUCAAUCCUAUCCAAGUUUCUUCUGGGUCGCAUGCUUGCUUAUAUGACCUUUUAUGUUUAGAGACACCAAGAGGGACUCUUCGAAAGGAUUUGCAGACAUCAACUUCUGAUCCCAGAGAACGGUUAGAGAAGUUGCUGAAGCAACCUGGUAACAAGUAUUGUGCUGACUGUGGAUCUCCUGAACCUAAAUGGGUAUCUUUAAGUCUUGGUGUAUUUAUUUGCAUAAAGUGUUCUGGUAUACACAGAAGCCUCGGAGUUCAUAUAUCAAAGGUUUUUUCAGUUAAGCUAGAUGAGUGGACAGAUGAGCAAGUUGAUAUGCUUGUAGGGUACGGUGGAAACAAUGCAGUGAACCAGAGAUUCGAAGCUUGCAACAUGGAUCAGUUAAAGAAACCAAAACCUGAUUCCAAUAAUGAAGAACGCAAUGAUUUCAUCAGGAAGAAAUAUGAGCUGCACCAGUUUAUGGAUCCACAAUAUGAUGCUUUGUGCACUUAUCAGCAGCCUAGCAUACUAAAUAACACACCACCGUCUUUAUGUUCUGCAAAAAAACGUAUUGGUAAUGCUUUUAGGAAUAGCUGGGGAAGAAGAGAAUCUGAUCACAAAGGUCCAAAGAAAAGCAAUUCUCUGGCAGGUAUGGUUGAGUUUGUCGGAUUGAUUAAAGUUAAUGUGGUUAAAGGAACAAACCUUGCGGUUCGAGAUGUGAUGACUAGCGAUCCUUAUGUUAUCAUUUCUCUUGGACAACAAUCAGUAAAAACAAGGGUGAUAAAGAACAACUUGAAUCCCGUGUGGAAUGAGACACUAAUGCUUUCUAUACCUGAGCAGAUGCCUCCUCUCAAAGUGCUAGUGUACGACAAGGAUGCGUUCACGACAGAUGAUUUUAUGGGAGAGGCAGAGAUAGACAUACAACCAUUAGUGAAUGCAGCAAAAGCUUACGAGAAAUCAAGCAUCAAAGAGCCGAUGCAGUUGGGGAGUUGGGUGGCGAGCAAAGAGAACACAUUGGUGAGUGAUGGGAUAAUAUCACAGGAAGAAGGGAAAGUGAAACAAGACAUAUCACUUAGGCUUCAAAAAGUGGAGAGAGGUGUUCUUGAGAUACAACUUGAAUGUCUUCCUCUUACUCAAUGAUUGUUAAUACUCUUCUUUCUCCCUCUUUUUUUGUUGUUUUUGUUAGAUAUGCUAGUUUCUUCUUGAUCCACCUCAAAACCUAUGUAAAAAAAAUAGAACUUGAUUUGAUGAUUCUUUAGAACCAAUCCAAAUAUGAUGAAAACAAUCAAGAGUUUCAAUCUGUUUUUCCUUUUAACAUUGUAAUGCAUGUUUCAGUUGUAUAUAUGUCUUAAGC